CCUAGGUACCGCAAAAAAGAAUCUGGCGACCGAUCAAUUGAAGAGCUCGAUACCAAGAACCUUCCGUCAAGUCAAACCCGGAUAACCGACACUCAGAAACCAACGGUCGCGGUCAAACCAGCCGUCAAAGAUGUCCCUCCGCAUCGUCCCCGCCGAUAACCACCUCAGCUCCUUCAGCCACGUGGCCUCGCGCAGCACGAGCGCGCCGUCCGUGCCAGGCCAGCACGACACGCUGCGCGCGGGCGUGGGGCCCUCGCCGUUCGCCGCGGCCGAGGGGCAGCCGAGCUCGGCGCACCCACUCGAGGCGCGGCUGCGGGCGUGGGAGGCGACGCGCGAGGCGCUGCGCAUGGAGAUGCUGCGGCGCACGUACGGCAUGGCCGAGCCGAUCCGCCGCGGCAUGGAGCUCAAGAUCGUGCGCGACGGCGAGUGGCGGCCCAUGGCGCUCGGCGGCGGCUGCGGGCUGGGCAGCGUGCACGAGGAGAUCCUGAGCGGCAGGGACGACACCAUCACGUGGGAGGAUGUGUUCACCGGGGAGGAGACCAGGGCGGUGGUCGGCAUCCACGAGGAGAUGGAGAGGAAGCUGAAGAUGUGAGCGGACCGCAAGAGAUAAUACGCAGCUGGGGAGCUGAGCGAUAGUUCAUUAUCAUAUCGGCGCGGUGCACCUUGGGGUGCUGGUUGCUGUCGUUUCUGGAAGCUCGGCAGGCGAUAUGGGGAUCCGGAGCACUACGGGGCCGGGUACCUGAAUGAUGCUUGGGGCGAUGCGAUGCUUCGCCCAGACGAGGGCUGUGCAGUACUGGGAUAGGGACCCGCAAGGGUCACACCAUCACACAUAGACACCGGAAUUGAAGGGCGGACAGGGCUAUGCUCUUGAAUCGCAAAUCCUUGACGCCCCGCUGGGGACAACUUAUCCCAGCCAGCAUCCGUUAACUAGUCCUUGGCAGAUACGAGUCAUCGUGCUCUUGCGCCAAGGAACAAGCUUGUCUGCUGUAUAGGGCAUCGCUGGAGGAACCCGCAGGUCACGCCUCUUCAUCCAUUUGUACUGAACGAGGCUAACAUGGAACAACACAAAACGCCAAAACCCAACCCCGCCGCAGCCGUGUACAGUCAAAGGAAACAGGAAGUGCUCGUGCAAGACGUCGCCGGCAUGCUCCUUACCAUCUGGAUGCGAGUUGGAUGCCGAACAGAUAAGAGAAACAAGGAAACGCAAUAGGUACGUGAGAGUAGGGCCGCGGCGUCCCGUCCGAUCCGAGGGGAUGAUUCCGGGCCCGGCCCCGGGCCAGCCUCCCAGCCAACAAGAAGGGCAAGGCCGCGAGAGGGUAAUGAAGCCGCCCGGCUUAUUUAGAAGAUCACACAGCAGCCACUGCGCCCUUCGCGGGUCCUCGCCUCCCGGCCGCCGGCCUUGCCCUUGCCGGGCUCUUCCUCCUCCAUCAUCUCGGGCGGACGCACCGACAUGUGGACGACGUUGGGGCUGUCCUGGCUGAAAUGGUACUUCUUCAAUUGCUCUUUGUCGUCCAGCAGCUUCCCAAAGUGGAUUAACCGUAUGCUGCUCGGGCUGGCCGGCUUGCCCUCCCAGUCGUCCCGCCACUCGCGCAGAAUCAACUCCUUCAGCUUGUAGACCGAAAUGCUGAACGGAUCUCUCCCACCCGAUUCCGUCAUAUCCGGCAUUUCGACGUUGCGCUUCGCCAGGUACUUCUCGUCAAUCCUGUACGGGUGUCUGGCGCCGGUCGGGAGCAGCAGCGUGAUGGCGCAAACCGGCAGGUCUGUGCUGCUGCUGCCUGUGAUGGCGGGCGGCGGCGGGUCGGUCGGUCCUAUUGACAGGGAAUCGCCUUCUCUUUCCUUCUCGGCCGGUGGUGGCGGCUCGUUCUUAUCCUUCCCUUUUGACGCCGAGUCGGGUGCGGGUGUCGAGGUGCUCGC